AUGGAUGAUAGAUCCAGUAAGCUCAUCUUGGUCCCUAUUUUAGCUGUGCUUUUUGUUAUGAUAGGUUACCAGUACAUAUGUCCCGCUGGCAGUAAUUCGUGCCACUUUAAGGCUGGGGAGAAAUUAAGGGGGGUAAGCCUACUUUCCACCCCGUACCAGGACAGCGAUGAUUUCUACAGAGAUCAAGACCUGGAGGAUGACAGCCCUCCCAAACUACCGUCAAAAUUCAACUUCACCGAGCGAGACCUCGACAGACACGUGGAGUUCAACAUCAAAGGGGACGACGUGAUCGUGUUUUUGCACAUCCAGAAGACCGGAGGAACCACUUUCGGGAGACACUUGGUGAGGAAUAUUCGCUUGGAGCAGCCGUGCGACUGCAAGCCAGGACAGAAGAAAUGCACAUGUCACCGACCAGGGAAAGAGGAGUCCUGGCUCUUCUCCCGGUUCUCUACCGGCUGGAGCUGUGGACUGCACGCAGACUGGACCGAGCUAACGAACUGUGUACCUGUCAUUAUGGAUAAGAAGGAGGCCCAGAGGAAUAAAAGGAACUUCUACUACAUUACCAUGCUGCGAGACCCAGUCUCCCGCUACCUGAGUGAGUGGAAGCACGUCCAGCGCGGAGCCACGUGGAAGACCGCCCUCCAUAUGUGCGAUGGACGCUCGCCCACCCAGGACGAGCUGCCCACCUGCUACAGUGGGGACGACUGGUCCGGUGUCACCCUGACAGAGUUCAUGAACUGCCCGUCCAACCUGGCAAACAACCGGCAGGUCCGCAUGCUGGCUGACCUAAGCCUUGUGGGCUGCUACAACCUGUCCUCCAUGAACGAGAGUCAGCGCAACCACAUCCUUCUGAGCAGUGCCAUGAGCAACCUGAAAAACAUGGCUUUCUACGGUCUGACUGAGUUUCAACGCAAGACGCAGUACCUGUUUGAGCGGACGUUCAGCCUGCGCUUCAUCUCCGCUUUCACGCAGAUCAACAGCACGCGAGCUGCCAACGUGGACCUGAGUGAGCCCGUGCGCAGACGCAUCGAGGAACUCAACUAUUUGGACGUGCAGCUGUAUGAGUACGCGAAGGACCUGUUCCUCCAGCGUUUCCAGUUCACCCGCCAGAGGGAGCAUCAGGAGGUGCGUUUGAAGAGGCGUGAGGAGAGGCGUUGGCUGAGGGAGCAAAAAGACCAGGGCAGGCCGUGGCCGCCCAAACACAGAGGGGGAGUCAAUGGAGGUGGGAGAAGAGGGUUGGAGAAAGGGACUGACGGUGACUUCCCCACCACCACUGAGGACUACACAAGCCAAGUGGCCCGCUGGUGA